GCGUAGCUGUCAGUGGCCCUGAUAAACCAUCAACAACAACAACAACAUGUGUCUCAUGGUUGAAGUUACAUCAGCUUAACAUUAUAUAUGUUGAUACAAUGGCAACAGAUGAAACCAUCUGUACGAAGAAAAUUCGUGCCAAAGAUGUAUUUGAAGGUUACUUUGUGAAGCAUCACCAUGAUGAUAUUCUCAGAGUGUUGCAAGCUCAAGUUGAAGAAGAUCACUACUCUGUUAUUAUAAAUUUUGUGACUCUGUUUGAAGAACAUGUGGAGGUGGCUGAGUCCUUAUUAGCAUCACCAGUGAAGCUUCUGCCAGUACUGGAUGCUGGCCUGGUUGGUGCUGCCACCAGGGUCAUGGAAGAAGCUGCACCUGGCAACCAAUCCCUCACCAUGAAAAUCAAUAUUCAUGCUAGAAUUACUGGGCUACCAACUUGUCCAGAACUGUAUCGUCAUGCUGUACCUCGUACAUGUGAUGUGGGACACCUGUUGUGUGUUUCUGGGACGGUGGUUCGUACAACAGCUGGUAAAAUGCUUGAAUACCAGAAGGAAUUCAUAUGUACUAAAUGUAAACAUGUUUUUAAUGUCAAGGCAGAUCAUGACCAGUAUUACCACCUGAAUAAGCCAAGUCGAUGCCCAAACCCAGAAGCUUGUUACUCUACAAACUUCAGUCCUCUUGGGGCAUCUUCACCUCCUAUGCAUACUAAAGACUACCAAGAGAUCAAAAUACAAGUAUAGUACAAUAAAAUUAUC